CUCCUGCGUCCCGGGAGCCGGCUCGCUCCGGAGCCGCGCGCGGUGUGACCGGGCAUGCCCCGCUACGAGCUGGCUUUGAUCCUGAAAGCCAUGCAGCGGGGUUGGUACAGUAGGCUUCACUAACUUAGCUGCAACUCAGAAUUUCUCCUCCAGCACCUGAGUAAAUGCUGAUGGUCUUGUGGAGAGUGGAUUAAGAGUACGAGCUAAGUUCUCAAUCCCAAUUAAGAAGCGGAGGAAAAUUUAAACUGUCUCCUUCAAAGUUUAUCACAACCACCACCAUCAAGACAGCAAACCAAAGGACAAAGACUUUGACCUGCUGUGUUGCUCUGUGUAGUCCAGUUCACGUAUGGUUUACAGACUUGGCUGGGGUUACUAAUGAGUAAAUAAAAAGCUGGACACUUCUGUUAUUGGACACUUUGAUUCACAAAGGUACCAAAAUGAGGGCUGUACUGGAGACAGCAGACAUUGCCAUAGUGGCCCUGUAUUUUAUCCUGGUCAUGUGCAUUGGUUUUUUUGCCAUGUGGAAAUCUAAUAGAAGCACCGUGAGUGGAUACUUCCUGGCGGGGCGCUCUAUGACCUGGGUAGCGAUUGGUGCCUCUCUGUUUGUGAGCAAUAUUGGCAGUGAGCACUUCAUUGGGCUGGCAGGAUCUGGAGCUGCAAGCGGAUUUGCAGUGGGCGCAUGGGAGUUCAAUGCCUUACUGCUUUUGCAACUUCUGGGAUGGGUUUUCAUCCCGAUUUACAUCCGGUCAGGGGUAUACACCAUGCCUGAAUACUUGUCCAAGCGAUUUGGUGGCCAUAGGAUUCAGGUCUAUUUUGCAGCCUUGUCUCUGAUUCUCUAUAUCUUCACCAAGCUCUCAGUGGAUCUGUAUUCGGGUGCCCUCUUUAUCCAGGAGUCUUUGGGUUGGAACCUCUAUGUGUCUGUCAUCCUGCUCAUUGGCAUGACUGCUUUGCUGACUGUCACCGGAGGCCUUGUUGCAGUGAUCUACACAGACACGCUACAGGCUCUGCUUAUGAUCGUUGGGGCGCUCACGCUUAUGAUUAUUAGCAUGAUGGAGAUUGGCGGGUUUGAGGAAGUUAAGAGAAGGUACAUGUUGGCCUCACCCAAUGUUACUUCCAUCUUGUUGACAUACAACCUUUCCAACACAAAUUCUUGUAAUGUCCACCCUAAGAAAGACGCACUGAAAAUGUUACGGAAUCCGACAGAUGAAGAUGUUCCCUGGCCUGGAUUCGUGCUUGGGCAGACCCCGGCUUCCGUGUGGUACUGGUGCGCUGACCAAGUCAUCGUGCAGAGAGUCUUAGCGGCUAAAAACAUUGCUCAUGCCAAAGGCUCUACGCUUAUGGCUGGCUUCUUGAAGCUUCUGCCCAUGUUUAUCAUAGUUGUCCCAGGAAUGAUAUCCAGAAUACUGUUUGCCGAUGAUAUAGCUUGCAUCAACCCAGAGCACUGCAUGCAAGUGUGUGGAAGUAGAGCUGGGUGCUCUAACAUUGCUUACCCACGCCUGGUGAUGAAGCUGGUUCCCGUGGGACUCCGCGGCUUAAUGAUGGCGGUGAUGAUUGCAGCUCUGAUGAGCGACUUGGACUCUAUCUUUAACAGUGCCAGUACCAUAUUCACCCUCGAUGUGUACAAACUCAUCCGCAGGAGUGCGAGCUCCCGGGAACUAAUGAUUGUGGGGAGGAUAUUUGUGGCUUUUAUGGUGGUGAUCAGCAUCGCGUGGGUGCCAAUCAUCGUGGAGAUGCAAGGAGGCCAGAUGUACCUUUACAUUCAGGAGGUGGCAGACUACCUGACACCCCCAGUUGCGGCCCUGUUCCUUCUGGCAAUUUUCUGGAAGCGCUGCAAUGAGCAAGGGGCUUUCUAUGGUGGAAUGGCUGGCUUUGUUCUUGGAGCAGUCCGUUUGACACUGGCCUUUGCGUACCGUGCCCCCGAAUGUGACCAACCUGAUAACAGGCCAGGCUUCAUCAAAGACAUCCAUUACAUGUACGUGGCCACCGCACUGUUCUGGGUCACAGGACUCAUUACUGUCAUUGUUAGCCUCCUCACACCACCGCCCACAAAGGAACAGAUUCGUACCACCACCUUUUGGUCUAAGAAGAGCUUGGUGGUGAAGGAAAGCUGCUCCCCAAAAGAUGAGCCGUACAAAAUGCAAGAGAAGAGCAUUCUGAGGUCCAGGGAGAACAGUGAGGCCGUCAACCACAUCAUUCCCAAUGGGAAAUCCGAAGACAGCAUCAAGGGCCUUCAGCCGGAAGAUGUUAAUCUCUUGGUGACCUGCAGAGAAGAGGGCAAUCCAGUGGCUUCGUUAGGACAUUCAGAGGCAGAAACACCAGUAGAUGCUUAUUCCAAUGGGCAAGCAGCUCUUAUGGGUGAGAAAGAGAGAAAGAAGGAGACGGAGGAUGCAGGCCGGUACUGGAAGUUCAUAGAUUGGUUCUGUGGCUUUAAAAGUAAGAGCCUCAGCAAGAGGAGUCUCAGAGACCUGAUGGAGGAGGAGGCUGUUUGUUUACAAAUGUUGGAAGAGCCUCCACAAGUUAAACUAAUACUAAAUAUCGGACUUUUUGCUGUGUGUUCACUUGGAAUUUUCAUGUUUGUUUAUUUCUCCUUAUGAACUUUUUAAGGAUAUGAUGAGACACUAACUUAAGAAAAUACUGGUCUUUGGAAAAACAAAAAAACAAAACAAAAACAAAACUUAUGUAACUGUUGCAUCUCUCAGGCAUUGUUUACGCUAUAGGUUUUAGCCAAAUUUUACUUAGCAGAAAAUCAUCUAUUUGCAAGACUUUAUUUUCCCAGAGAUGGAUGAAAGUAAAUUUUCAACCUAAAUGAAGUGAAACUUGUUUGACAGACUGAAUUGUGCAAAUGUGGUUUAAAAUUUUCCAUACCAAAGUAAGGAGAGACCAAUUAUUCUCCUAGAACACGUAGAGCAGAAUAGAUGCUAAGGUUAUUAUGAAUAAGGUAUACUUUCUGCACUGCCAAAUCUUGGUAGGCCUUCUUAUCCUGAAGUAGACUUGCUCAUUUCAGAGUUUUUUCUCUGUCUCUGUAAUCCCUACUACCAUUUAAAACUAAUUCGUGGACAUUGUGUAAUCAGAUGUGUACUGAAAACCUAACUGAUGUGCUUGGCGGGGGGGUGUCCUUGUAUCAGGACAGGUUAGUUUGUUUGCCAGGUUCAUUUUGCUAGCAGGAGCCUGUGGAUUUUGAUUGCCAGAAGAAAGGAGGAAGAAUGUUUGCCUGUAGCUGUUUUUGUACCACCAGCAUGUGGAAUGUUGGUAAAAAGUUUGUUCUAGUUCCUGUUUUGUUUUGUUUUUUUUUUUACUUCGACUGAAGUUUAAGUGAACCGUACUCAAAUGACCACCAACUCUGUCUUGAUAAAAAGAUAUGUCAUGAUUGUAUUGUCAGAUGAUAAGGGGAGAAAAUGAAGUAAACAUUGCUGAUGAUCCCCAAAUUUAUGGACCAAGUUAAAGAUGUUUAUGUAGUUUGGGAAUUAGCAGUCCUCAAGCAGUGUUUGAGCAACUUACGCUCAACAGGCGGCUGACUAUUCAUACUCCACUACUUCUCCAGCUUUGUUCUUUGUUCUUGUCAUUUGGUAACAUUUUUUCUUAGCCACACACUUUCUCAAGUGGAUUCAGUUGGAAGAUAUGUCCAGAAAUUUGAAGAAAACUGUCUCUGUGUUUGUGCUGGGUUGCCCUGCUUGAUUGGAUCAUGAUAUAGUGAAGCUGAGCUUUUGGAGGGAAAAUAUAAUUCUGAGAUCAUAUUGUAUCCUUGAUAAGUUUUUUUUUUCCCCCCUAAUUUACUUUUUUUUUUUUUCUUUGAAAGACUUGCCAUCUGUACACAGCCUCAACAUUUUUAAAAAGUUACCUUGACUUAGAGCAUGAGGAGGUUCCAGUGCAAACUCGGCAUCAGUAACAGAAAACUGAGUGCAUGCUUUGCCAUUGGUAGAUUGUCAGUGUAGUCUUUCUGUAGCGUGGAUAGCAUGUUAAAGAGGUGUCACGAAUAAGAACUUCUGGAUGUAGUAUUAUGUCUUGUGGAGGAUAUGCUAUGACCUGUGUACUUAUAGGACCCUCUGUCUUCCCAUGGCAUGGCACUCCCUUGCAGCCUUCGUGGAUGGGAAUCUUUUUCACAGGCUGAUUCCCCUUCUUUGAGGACAGGAUACAAAAGAUGUUAGAGAAAAGCUCUACAGAUUAUGAAAUUCUGUGUCUGUGCUCUCAACAUGGUCCUUUUUCCUCCAUGACAUAUGAAGGAAACCAAUUGUGUAUCUACUUUCUUUGACUUUCCUGUAAUCUGAUACUUUUUAAAUUGCAUGAUUUUAUUAAGCUCGUAUUCUUUAGAGAAAAGUAUUACUUUUUUAGAUACUUUUGUAGAUUUUGAAUCAAAACUCAGUCCUAAUGACUUUAAAUUUUUUGUAUUCUAUAAACGAGUUUCAUUAUGAUGGACUUGUUUAGUCCAAAGUUGAUUUUAGAAAUUUAUCAGGUAGCAUAAUGUCUUCCCGUCUCCAGGAGGCUUUCUGAUGGACUGAGUUGUAGACGAAAAAAUAAUUCAUGUAUGAAUAGCAUGAUUUCUGAGAGCUUAGAGUGCCUUGUAGAGUUUUUUUUUUUUUUUUCCUCAAUUUCAUUCUUACAGUUUAUAAGCUGGGGGCCAAAUAAAUAGGGACCAUCCUUUUCUUGUAUGGAGGAGGCUGUGGCUCUGACAUGUCCAAGGUUACAAAAAGUCUAUUGGGAAGAACAGAAAAACCAUGUAGCCAAAGCUGGACUCCUGGUUUGUCUUCUUCUCAGAGGAACUAUUUUUCCCUUUGAGACAACACUUUGGUAUUUGGGAAAAUAAUAGGACCUUAGAUUUUUUAAAUUGGUAUUAAGUCGCAGGAAUUAAAAUUUUCUUUGACUUUGAACAUAUUGCUGUGUAACUCAGCAAAGAGGAUUGACACACUGGCUGGGCAGCCUUCUUACCCCUUCUUAGAGUAUAAAUUACUAGGUGGUGUUUAUGUGAGUCUCCCCGCCCCCUUUAUUUAAUGUUGAGCCCUAAUAGUUUGAAGUAUUAGGAUCCCCCCCAACCUUCUCUUUGCUGCUGUCUUAGUACGAUACAUGAAAUACAUCAUCUUGUGUCUGUUUGUGUAUAUAUAGCAGUAGGUCAAGUUUAGAGUACUAAUGUCUGUAAAUAAGGAAUGACUAUUAGCAUAUCCAUUAGGAUGUUUAUUCUUGGCAGUAUAAACAUCAUUCUGUUGAGACUGAAGUCCCUGAAGCUUGCCCUUAUUAUUGCUCUCCAGUAGUAGAUAAUGUGCUUGAAUAAGUAUGUGAAUUGCUGGUUGCAGCUUCAUUCAGGGACCACUGUUCAGUUUGUUUCGUUAGAAUGAUUGUUCAUGGAGUGAUACCGGUCUGUGUUAAGCUAGCAAAAUGUUCAUACUUUACACUAAAUGGGUCCUAAAUGAUGACAUUUCAUCUGUAGACAUUAAUAUGUAUAUAUUUUUGUACUGGCUCAAGCUAAGGUUCAGAAUUGAAUAAGCAUGAAAUUGACUAAAAUAGUUACCUCAGAGUCAAAAUGAAGUGAGGACAUUGGUCUUCAAAGGUAGAGAAAAAAUACUCUCUGAUCUGCUCUUAGUAGUAUCCCCAUUCCUUAGAGUUUUGUCCUUUCAUGCAGUCUCAGUCUUGAGAUUUGAUGAGCAGAGCUUAGUACUCUGGCAUGCAGAAGAAUUAUUGGGUCCAAAAAUAUUAUGUUCUUUGCCCCAAGGUAGUAAGUGGGUUUGGAAAUAGCUGGGUCAGUCUUUUUCCAGGGCCAUUCUUUUCCUGGUGAGGUAAUCACUCUUCUCUUUAGGUUAGGGAGGCAGCAAGUAGUAGGGCAGUCCUGUGUCCUGUGACCUACAUUCUGCAGAUCUCCUCUCGCAAGGCUUCCUCUUCACUUGGCUCAGAGCACCCGUUGUCUUUUUGCACAAAGAGCCUGGCCAGGGCCAUAGUUCUUAGCAUGUCAGGUAAUUCGCAGGGACCUACAUGGGAAACUUCACAUUUUAAGAAUUGAUUGGGAGGCUGUCAUUCAGUUCUUUAACCCGAGGCCGAUUGGGAGUGGGGGUACUGAAAAGUCUCGCCUCAGUGUCUCCAUUUCUCAGCCCAUUGCUUUUUCUUCCCUGUACUUACAAGGUGCGUGGAUCUUCCCCUUCUUCUUCAGAUAUCAUUUAGUGCGGCCUCUAUGGGUUAUUCUCCUUCUUUACCAUCCUCCAGACUGGCGAUACCAUUGGCUGUUAGAAGGUUAGGCCCAUCAGUGUUCCCACUGGGCAGUAUUUGGCUUACUUACUCUCCUUACGGUUUUUACUCUGCUGUGUCGUUUUCAUCUGCGGUGUGAUGGUUAGAAGGGACCACAUGGGUAUGGAGUAGUGACCGCCUCACUGCCAUUCCCCUGUAUUGGGUUGAGAGAUAUGUGUAGACCAUUCCUGUUACGUUAUGUGACCACAGAGACUUUUCAGGACAGAGUUUUCCGAAGAAGUAAAAAACAAAAAACAAAAAAAACCCCUAUUAAAUGAGGUGCUGAAAAAUACCUGGGUGAUACAAACUUAACAAGUUAGGCAAAGGACAAACAUGAGCUUAAAAUGUGCAGGCAUAGAAUUCUAUUCAGUGAAUUCUAGAACUUGAAGCAUCUUGGCUAGUUUAAACCUUUCCCCAUGUAGAUUAGGAUACCAGUAACAAGAUCCAGCCUUUAAACCCUGGUUUGAUGUUAACUAUUGUGAUAUAGGAGUUUUUAAAACAUAUUUGAAAUUAAAAGGACCGAUACUUGAUAGUGAUACUUUAGUAGAAAAAAUGCUUUUAGGCUCGUAUUCAUAAGAUUUCUCAUUAACGAAGUGUUGAGUUGCAUUAAGACAUCUUGAUGUUGACCUUAGCUUGAGCAGACCACAGAUAGGGUAGAUUCCUCUUCGUGGUGUACCCACCUACCAUUUCGAGAGACUGGUCUUUCCCCCGUUUGUCUUCCUCACCUUGCUGUGAUUCUUCAUCUGUUCUUUCUUUUAACACUACUCAGAUUCCUAUUUUGAUCUUUUCUCAGCUUAAUUCACGUUCAGGCUUAUUGCGAUGAUGUGCAAAAGUGCUGCUUUGCCCCAGUUUUGAAGACUUGGAUCCAAAUAAUGAUUCAUUAACUAUAGUUGUGUUUAAAUAUACUGAAUUUCUAUUAGCUUAAACUGUUAAAUUCUCAAGAAUGAUUUUCUCAGACUCAUGUUCACUAGUGUUCACUAGUCCUAAAAGCCCUGGUAAUGCAUCAUUAUUGUAUUCUGAAAAUUCCUUUCUUCAAAAAUGAGGGAGGCAGCAAUAGUUAAAAUUCAUACCAGUCCCUUUGAAAGGGUGGUAUUUCAAUACAGAGAGGAGUGGAGUUUGUCUCGAUGGCCAGAAAGCCUUGUUCUCGCAGUGCUUAAGGGUAAAAAAUUGGAACUAGUCAGUUGGCAUAUAGAGAAGCCCUUUUGUGCUCGUUAGGUAGGAAGCUGGAUUAUAUAAGAAGCUUCGAUUACUACACUUGGUUGGCUUAACUCAGGGCUGCAGACCCCUUUUCCUCCAUUAAGUCAUUUCUCUUAAUUGGAAUGCUUUUUAUCAAACUUUACCCUCUGUUGGAAGACUAGGUAUUCAACUUCUUUUACUCUUAGAAUUGAAUUUAGCUAAGAUACAAACUACUUACAGGCUUUGGCAGCGCUGAGACCCACACCGUUAUUCACGGAGUCCUAUAAAUGUGUUUAUUUAAACUUCUUUCCAGUGCUGGGAAUAAGGCUUUAAACUACUGAUUCACCUUUAAAGGAAUGUUGUGAAAAUUGAUAUAAUUUAUGUUUCUGUUUUCCAUCUCAGAUCCUUUAUAACAGAUUGGAUUUAGUUUUUUUGUUUUGAGUUGUUCCAGUAACUAACAGCCUUAACCAUGGAUAUAUUGUCUUACUCAGAAAUAAAAAAGGUUUGAUAUGUCUGCAUUGUUACUUAUUUCAUAUACUUUACUUUUUAGGGGAGGACCAUAAUCUGAAGCUUUUGAUUUUAAACCAAUAACCUUACUUUAUGUAAUGACUUUCCAGUGUGGUUUGGUUAACCUGGAUUCGCACUAUGUUUGAAGAGAGGGAUGCUAGAAUACAUAAGCAAAUGAAGAGUAAGUCAGGACAAAAGCACAGUGGUCUCAGAUUUUUCCUAGUGUAGGAGCAGUAGCUUUGCUCUCAGAAAAGCACUGUAUCAGUUGUUGCCCAUGAUAAUGAAGCCACUCCAUCCUCUCCGACCCCUGUCCCAAGUUUAAGAUAGUUUACAGUCUGUGAACUCUGUCAAUAAGGAAAAUCCAUUAUUUCAGUGAUUUCCGCAACAGCACAAAUCGACAGUAGAUAAUCACGACCUUAUUGGAGACUUAUCUUUAUCUUGGUAAAUUCACCUUGUACUGCUGGAGGAAGGAACGUUUACUUUUUUUAAAAAAUUGCCUUUGGAUAAACUAGUCUGGAUAAUUUUUCAAUAUAUCAUUGUAGCUUAGACUUCUGUAAGUGGAAUGAAUGUCCCUUAAUAACUCAUUUUUUGGUUAUAAUAGUUGGAAACUGAAAUUAAGCUCAUUGCUCUUAUUGAAAUCCCAAGCUGGCGAAGGCCAAUAUAUAGGGUAUUUCGUAAUAUAAUCAGCUUCUGAAAUUUAGUGUUUUGAUUAGUGCCUUCUGGUUGCCAAUAUUGACUCUGCUAGUUUACACAUUUCCCUUUCUUGAUAGAAUAUACUUAUUUGUUACAAUUCCUCUUUUUAAAUUUUGUUACAACUAGUUGAGGAAAUACAGAAAAAUACAUUUAUAUUUACAUACUUUAUAUGCAGCCUUUGUUUAGGUUCAAGGAAACCAGGUAGCUCUAAUUCCUGUUGCAGUUUAAAUGUUAUUUAUUCAUCUAUAUUUGUUUUAUAUCCUUAAUUGAAACUAUAAGGUUACUUAUUAAUUCUCUGAAUAUAUUUUAACUAUUGUUUUUCCAGUGUAGGUUUGAUAGGCAUAUCUGAGAA